AAGCUUUCCUGCAUCAGAGAGGUAGCUGAGAGCACAAUGGCUGACCAUAAAGCCAACAUGGUAAAAGGAGCAGCAGGAAAGCCACCCAUCAGAGCUCAGAGCGAACAUGCAAACGAGAAAGUAGCUAAAAGAUCUGUGUCCGAUUCCAACGGUACCAAUGGCGGGGCAACUGCACCUAGUGAAUUAAGUGCCCUUGAAGAGGCCUUUAGGAAAUUUGCCGUUCAUGGAGACACCAGAGCCACAGGAAAAGAAAUGCAUGGGAAAAACUGGUCAAAAUUAUGUAAAGACUGCAACGUCAUAGACGGAAAGAAUGUGACCAUUACAGAUGUUGACAUUGUGUUUUCCAAAGUCAAGGGCAAAUCUUGCAGGACCAUUACCUUUGAUCAAUUUAAGGAAGGCCUUGAAGAGCUCGCACUGAAGAGAUUUAAAGGCAAGGCUGAUGAGGAAGCUGCCCAACAAUUGUACAAGUUAAUUGAAGGAAAAUACCCGAUCAUUUCUGGUGUCACGAAAGCAGUGCUGUCUCCCACAGUGUCGCGGCUUACAGACACCUCAAAAUUUACCGGCUCUCACAAGGAAAGGUUUGAUCAAAGCGGAAGAGGCAAAGGAAAAGCGGGCAGAGAAUAUCUGGUGGACAAGACCGGCUACGUAGCUGGGUAUAAACACGCUGGCACGUACGACCAGAAAGUGAAAGGAACUAAGCACGAAUAAACUCUUAUUAAACAAGAGAAUUCACCAGCUUAUCCAUGUCAAUGCAAUCCAUUCCUAAGGAAACCUCCGAUUAAAAGAAACUAAAGACCCAAUAUUUUUUCAUUUCAAUGUAUUUCCAGUCUGUUAAAAAAGCCUUAGUAUUUUGUUUUAAAGAAUUGUUGCAUUGAAGAGACUGAUGCUACUGGUAGAGGGUAACUGCUAUGCUCAGCACAACCUAAACUCAAUUUCCCCUUUUGCCUUCCCUCUUCACUCUCCAGUCUCUUGUAUCAUUGAUGAAAUGAAUGAUUGGCAAUGGUUAAUGACUUGUUCAUGUCCUUGGCUGGUGAUGGACUCCCAUAUUGGAUAUUAAUACUUUACAGAUAUGUCAUGAUCAGUGAGCCUGCCAGGAGAUAAUAAAUGAUGCUCCUUGUUCAUUAAGGAGAGAAAUGGAGGUGGUUCAUUCUGAAACACUGUGGUGCGAAAUCACCAUGUCUUAUUGUCUAGCAAUGUACCUGCUGCAUUGAUUCCAUGAAAGUGAGUUAGUUACUCAGGAGAUCGCUCCAUCUUUGCAGAGUAAGGAUGAUUUGCUGAGGAAAGGCCGUAGUAUUUUGGAAAUGGUAAAGGACCAUGAAAGCAUCCUGUGGGAGUGGGGCUCUGAUCAAAAGCCUGAGUGGAAAAGAAAAGGCAGGUUUUCAAAGGAUUCCUGGAGGGAGCAUGACUGAAAGCAUCCCUGGCUGGAAACUGCUCUGCACACUGAUUUGAUCCAAAGCCAAAAGUUGUUCAAUGCGAAUUGGACAAGGAUGUUCAGCCAAACUUUCCCAAAGAAUGUUGUCCCCUCAAAAUGGGGUGAAGGAAGCAUCGGCCAAUUGCAGUGACCACCGGCUGUGGGUAUUCCAUGAAUGGGACCCAGAAAUGUAAACACCACUGGUUGUUGGGGAAAAUCUGAACUUGCUUGUAGUUCCUGACUGACAACAAGCAGCACUAUCAACUGGCUUAGAACAGGAGAAUCUCACAAAAGUAACACAGACCGAGAAGCUUUUUUUCUUCAGUGAAGAAAAAAACAGUUACCUAUAGAUGCCUGUACUGAUGAAUUGGGCCAUUUGUAGUUAUUGAUUUUAGAGGUUUGGUAUUGUUGUGGGAAUGAGAUAAUGUGAGGAAUACGGCAAAGAUUUGCAGUACUGUUGGGGCAGAUGUCCAAGAUGAAGCCGGUGCAUGCCUUUGUACAGCUCAUCUUGUGCCUCGGAAAAGGGAAUAUCAUUCCUACUAAUGUCCUGCCAGGAUUUCUCCCCUGCUUUCCUGAAAACAUUUCAAUCCUUUGUCUUCCUGGGGAAUGGUUUCAUGAGUACCAGCCAGCCAAGUGGCUGUUGUAUGUGAAUUCAUAUGUGAACGUUGACAAGAUUCUAGGACUUUGGUGAAGGCAUCACUGCCGAGGGCUACCCUAUCUUCAGCCAAUCCAUACAUGCGCAUGGUCUCUAGAUAGUAAUGGGGAGCGGGAACACAGUUUAUUUAUUUCUAUUGCAAGUUUUCUAAGGCCAAUUGUAUGUUCCUGACUAAAAUUAGCUAACUGAGCACAAACUGGGAUUUGAAAUGCACAGGCUCUGGUUUGUAUGGCUCAAUGCCUUUACCCACCGAAGAAGAUGAGAAUUGACCAGUUUGUAACAUCACUGCAUGAAAUAAAAUAGUGAAUCAUGGGUGUAUAUAAUACAAGGAUUAUUAUUAUAUAAUACUGUCUUAAGAAGCCUGACUGUUCAUUGUACUUCCAAACUAUUGAUGCCUUGUUCUGUAGGUUCAGAAAUAAAAUGCAAAAUCCUGCCAAUUUGUAGUUAUUCUUCUCCCCGCCAAUGAUUUGGUUAUAGGUAUAGUUUAAAACUAGAAUAGGGUGGAAUCCAUAGAACAGUUGUCCUGAAUUCUAAUGGUGUUAAAAAAGAUCUGACAUAAUGUGGAUCAGCACUCAUCAAGAUGAUUCUCUCAGAUGAAAUAACCCGUAUUACAUCCAUUGUGUGCAUGAUAGCUAUGGACCUCAUUCUCUGUUGUUACAAUAAUAGCCCUUCUCUCUCCCUCACUCACCUCCCCCACCCCCACCCUCCUCCAAAUUAACACAUUGAAUCUGGCAAAUACUGACCUUUGCAUUUGACAUACUGCCAUCAUUCUAUUCCACUUUAACUGAAUUUGAGCAGAUUCGCUCUCUCUCCUUGAGUGAGAGAUACUUUACUUUGUUUUGUAUCUUGGGGGCUAUUUGAAAGAUUCCUUCUGCACACUUAGGAAGAUUGUUUCCUAAAGGGCUACUACUGUUAUAACUAAUUAAAGCUUCAUCUGAGCUACGCAUACAAUCUCUAACUUGUAAAUGAGGUACAUAGUGGUGUAACAUAUGAUGGUUUGGGUUAGUAUUGUUUUUAAGAAGAGACCUGCAAAGAAAAUGUGGCAAUACAAGAGGUUCAAUGUUUUCUACAACUUAAAUGAUCAAUUACAUCAGAUCAGUUAUUGUUCAACGCACAACCUUCUCGUAAUUGAAGAGAAAUGGGACAAAGCAAUUUCAAGAGCUAGAAUAGCUUGACUUUUUAUAAUGUGAUCCAAAAUAUUCCCUGUUCCAUCACAGAAAAUGACAAAGGGACACACACUUUGUCCACCCUUUCCAAGAUUGUGGUUUUCUAGCAGAAAUCCUACACCGAUUUGAUCUUCAUAUGUUUAGAGCAUCUGUUUAAAGAUAAAUUGAGACAUUUACUGCUCAAAAUGUACCAAACAUUUGUUUUCAUCGUUUUCAUCUUUUAUUGGGAAGGAGGGAUGGUUUAAAUUGUAAUCUUGUCCACAACUACUGUUGUGGAUAAAACUCAAUCCUUUGGUAAAAGUGGUAAUGUUAUUUCUUGCCUCGGCAAGACAAACUGCUUGGUGAUGUCAGCUUUUCUCUGCAGGAAAUCGUCCCAAAUGGCAAUAUCUCCAGGGUGACAGGUCAGAGCUGAAGCCUUGCGGGUCACUGUGACAUACAGAGUUUCCUUUCAGAAGAUACAGAUUAGGGCCAGCUUCCAGUAAGGAUGCUGCUUUAAUAAUUGCUCCAAUAUCUACAAUAGGACCCAAACCGGUGGAGCAAGAGCAGGUUUAUCCUAUAUCUGGAGCAGAUGGAGUACUUUGCUUGAACUGAGGCAGGUAAUAGACAAAUAGACGACUAUGUGGGACGAUUCUUACUAUGCGAUUCCUUUGCCAAUGAUUAUCAUUUCAAUUCCCCCCAAUACUACCAGAGAAGAAUAUUCAGAGCACAGAAGAAAAAUGAAACAAAAUAGAAAAAUUAUAGCUUUGUGGUAUGUUGCCAUAUUGGAAAAGCCCAAACUGUAAAUUUUACACGUGAGCUGUUAGGCCAGUCUACAAAUUGUAUCUUAAUAUUGUAAAAUAACUGAUCUAAGAAAGAAUGUAUACACAUGAUGUAUUCAUGUUGAUUUCAAAUUGUAAUAUUGCACUGUAAAAGAUUAAUGUCAAUGCUGGAUUUAGCAUAAAAUAGUAGUAAGUUAUGAAUUGUAGCAUAUUCUAAAAUGCAUGAUUACACUGCCUUGUCUUGUUAGCCUUUCACUCAAGACUGAAUUUGUUCAGAAAGAUCUAGACCAUUUCCAUUAUAGUACUUUACAAUAAGUUCAUCUUAUUUAAUUUGCUAAUUGCUGCUGCUUUUUUUUUCUCAUUCAAAUGUAUGACUUUUCUGUCCUGUGGUUGAAGUUCCAAGAUCUGACAUUGCUGAAUUUUGGCAGCUUUUGUAAGUCAAUUCAAUGUCCACAACUAGUGAAGUCUAUUCUACUGUACCAGAUUCAAGCUGUAGUAGUAGUUGGGAACAAGCAAUCCGGUUAUGACUAAGGCUGUAGGAAAAUCACUACCUUCUUACGCCUCAGUUAGGACUAAUUUUCUUACAAAGUUUGAUCUAUAAUUUUAAAAAAUGGACAGAUCCUAAUGCAUAUCAACCAUAUUCUAACUUAACCAUCUAUGAAUGGACUCAUUACUCCACUGAACUGGUUCUGGUCUGAAGUAGGUAGCCUCUAGUUUAAUGUAAAAAGAGGCAAAAGUAUUUUACCAAUUAGUUAUAUUCACUAAUGUUGCAAUGUAAUUCAAAUGGGCUGAAGUCCAGAGGUUUAGAAAUGUUAAUCAGUGACUGAAGAUUCAUACAUUUAUGAUACUUGACUGGGAGCUUUGAUUGUACCUCUUUUAGGGGAUUUUAUGUAGUACAGCAGAUAAGGCAGGAUCAUGUUGUAAUUACUAAACGUUAUGCAAGAAAUGGGGGUUAAAUAACAUUCUAUGUUGUGCCAAAAUAACAACCAAUGUUUAUCGUUUAAAAAACAUUGCUCUGUCAUUAUCAUGAGUGUAUCUUGUAUUUACAACACCUCUGCUUCCCCUUAGUUUUACGGCAGUAGACAUUUUCAAUGUCACUUAGAACAAACUAGACAGUUUGCUAAGCAAUGUAAACUCUCUUUGCAUCACUAAUAAAUGGAGUAUCCAAUGGCAUUUUACCAGAUGGUAUUGCUCGAGCUUAUGGUCAGUGAUCCAGUAUGUUGUGUAAAGUAUAGUUUCUCAUUCAGUUCAGUGUGCAGUUUGCAUGUCUAUCUUUUAAUUCCUCAGAUCACUUCAACUUCCCCUGAGUGAAUUCAGUUACAAAUCUCAUGCAGUCAUUCUGACCACAGAUGAACAGAUUCAGUAAAUAGAGAGAUAAAACACCAUUCAUUUGGGCAAAAUACUCCAAUAAUGUUAUUUGCUGCAUACUUUGGGUUGAUUCUCCUCUUGUAGAGCUCAAACCUGUGUUUGUUGGAUGUCAAGUAACCAACUAGUGACUAUCCUCCUUUGAGGGGAGGUGACACAUUAGUAGAACUUGGAGCGGCAGACCAGUCAUGGGAGCAGGGAUUCUUCUCAGUCAGCUCCUGUUAUUCCUGCAAGCUGGAGCUCAAAUGAGUUGGAUGGUCCUAGCCGGACAAGCCGCGGGAAACUUGCCAACCAACAUUUUAAAAGAUAAGCUAAGCCAAUAUGUAUUCCACAAGCUUGGUGAAUCCGCUGACCAGCGGAGAAUCUCAUCUGCUGCCAAAAUUAGUGACUUUACUGACCAGUUCAAAAUGCCCCCUGUUAUUGAUUAUACUCUGGUUUGGCCUCUUGCCUGGAGAACUUCUGUUAACACAAUCGAUGAAAACCUAAGGCUCGAGUCAGAACAGAUUUGUGUUUAUUUCUGUUCUAAUGUUGUGUGUCACUGACCAAGGGAGUAAAAGCUACAGGGUCACUUGCUUUUAUUCACUGUUCUCUGCCUUCAUUUUAUUUUUUAACCCUGCCCCCACUGAGACCGUGACAACAGCAAUGUUGGCAGAAUAAUGGUUGGAAAAGUUUUAUACUGGAUUGUGCUGAACAGCAGUUUUAUUCGUACCAACUGCACUGUUAACUAUCUACUGGUAAUUCACUCUCUGGUUAUAAAAAGUCAAGUUUGCAUCAAAAUGCAGCUCUUAUGAGGCCUGUUCAGAUAACAUAGAAAUUUAUGAUCCAUCUCUCUCCAGAUAGUAAUGUUUAUCGAUUGCUACCAUAGUGCUAAGUGUAUCUUAAAAUGACCUAGAUUACCAGGUGUGGGGAAAAUAUGGAUUAAGUGCUAGAGUUCAAAUGUGUAAAAUAAUGAUCCUAACAUCCCACUGAAGUACUAGUGCCUUCUCAACUAUUUGUAAUCUGGUUAACAAUCACUGAGGCAAACCAUUUGCUUUGAAGUUGGAAUUGCAGUGGUGGUAUUGUAUAUUCAUUCCGUCCUUUAGCUGUUGGUAACUGAAAAUGUAUAGGUGCUGAAUUACCUUGUCCAAUAAAAAUCAAUUGAAGCCUUAA